AUGGUGAAAAAUCGAAAGAAAGAUAGCAAGGCCUUGAUGUAUAUCUUUGGUGGAAUUGAUCCAUUAGUCUAUGAGAAUAUUGCACAUGUCUUUACAUCUAAGGAUGCAUGGGAUGUGCUAAUGAAAAGCUAUACCAGAAGAGAGAAGAUGAAAGCCAAUUGUGAUGAUCUGAAAGAGCUCCAAAUUGUGGAGAAAAUUCUUCAAACCUUGACAGACAAUGUUGAAAACAAAGUUACAGUUAUUGAGGAGACACAUGAUUUGAGUACCUUACGAGUGGAUGAGUUGCAAGAUUCAGUGCAACUUAUGAGCAAAGAUUGA